GUGUUGAGAAACGUCCUUUCUCUGUAGUAAACAAACGUACAGUUCAAGGAUGCCAAAGAAGCCCAGAGCAUACCCAGACUUCAUCUCUGUCUCAGCGGAAAGAAACCCGAAGAUCGUCAUGGUGCAGAAGGCUGAGUCCUCAGAUGUCCCCACCUCUGUUCCAAAAGUCAGCCGAGAUGAGCAAUAUGGGACCCCCCUCGUCCCUGUAUCCGUCCCUGACAGAGGCAAGGAUGACACCUGCAAGGAUGAGCCCGGCGAUAGCCUUUCCACCAAAAUGGAAACGGAAGCCAGCAACUCAUGGAACACUGAGGUCAAAGCGGGUGAUGAUGGCAACGGAGCCCCCAGCAUGGCGCCGACUCGUGUCCAGUGUGAAGGACCAUUCACAUGCUCCUUCUGUGGAAAGCUAUACAAGUACAAAUUCUGGUAUGACAGACACCUGAUUUUAGGGUGUGGCGAUGUUGUGGGCGGAGUCGUGAGCAGCAGACUGGUUCCUGCGUCGUUUCAUUUAAGCAUGGAAGUAAAGAGUAAGGCGAAGGAAUGUUUUCUGGACAAAGGCCACGAUGGCGAAGACCGACAUCUUCCCCCCCAGUCUUGGUUGCCAUUUCGACACACUCCCGGAGCCCGGUGUCGCAUCCGCAGGUCCCUGCCUGGUUGGUAUGGAUCCUGUCCUGCGGGUCCAGCAGUGGGUGGUUGACAGCGUCCCGACAGAUCAGCUGGUGUAUCGCUUUAGUGUGCCUGACUGUGGUCAGAUCUUUAUGAAGGAGCGGGCACUUCUGGACCACCAGGGGGAGCACUUGGACCGUGAUUAUUUGUCAAUGAUCCAGAUAAGCAAUGUGAUGUCGCUGGUCACAACUCAAGAUAAGGUCCUGCCAAUGACAGAGGAAGCGGCUACAUCCGCAGGGAAGUGGAGGGAACCAGAGGGUGGAAGCCCCUCUUCAGGAUCGCAAGGGAAAGAUUUGGCUCCCUGUAAUGAGGCACAGGGAACCAGCAAAUUGAUUUGGAGGAACAUUGAUAAACUUACAGACAAACUAAGCUGGCGCUCUUGGGUCCAGAGAUGCCUACAAAACCGCACACGUGCAAGACAGAAAUGGCCAAACACAGAUGCCUUCACUGAUGACGGAUCCCUUGGGCAACUCGUAAAUGAUGAACCAAGACCAAAUUCAGAAAUGAAAAAAAUGGCAGUUGAUGGAUCGCCUCAUCUGUGUGUAUUUGCUAUAAAGAAUAUACAAAAGGGUGAGGAGAUUGUUUUCAACCACAUUGGAGUUGAUCUUCCAUGGCGCACCUCUACAAAGAGUGAGAAGACACAUACUCUGCAAGAUAGACCAGAACUGAUAGUGAAUGAGAAAACUCCCACAGACUAGAGGCAACUUCUGUUGUGAAGCUUAUGGAUGUCACCGAAAGACGGGACCAGGACCCAAACGCAGAGAAAAAAAUACUCAAAAUCCAAAAGGGAGAAUUUUACUUUUAAUAAGAACAAAAACCAAGGAGAUCAAAAACAAAGCCACGCAGGGCAAGUCUCAAAAAAAGAGACAAAGCAAAAGUUCUUGAAAUGCAAAAACAAAGAAAAUCCAGAAAUCCAAAACCAUGCAAAAACAGAACUUGGGCAGGGUAGAAAACACUCAGGACAAAACACAGAGUCAAAAGUACACGUGGAAACACAUACCAAAACACAACCAGAAACACAAGGAACCAGCACCCGAGUCAGGGAAGAAAGGAACUUAAAUGGACAAGACACUGACAAGACACAGGAGGGCACAAUGCACAAUCAGACCACAGAGGGAAAGGAUAACUAGACAACUGAAAAACAAUAAUAGAAUAAGUGGAACCAAUAAUACAAUUAAACAGAGAAAAAGGAACAGAACUACAAACUGAAGUGCCGCCAUCUGGCGGCCCAAAAAAGGAAACGCAGACAAACACAGAACCCUGACAAUGGAUUACAAGCUGUUCUAGUUUUACCUCUGUACAUAUAAAGGGGAGAAAUUAUUUUGUGGAAUAAAUCUUGCCAUAACAAUUUCAGUGUUUAAAGACGUGUUAA